GUCGUUCAUAUGCUUGUUCAUGCUGCUGGGGAAGUACAAAUAGUCACUUUUACCACAAGCUGCAGCCAUUGCAAUGCCCAUGCCAGGGGUCGCUACAUUUUUCUAGCUCUGGGCUUGAUAUUUGUUCGAUUCUUUGCUUUCACGUUGUGUCACAGACCUCCAGCCACUAUUAAAACACGGCGAGUUUGUUUCUUUAGGACCUCUUCUGAAUCGUCUUCGCCCAGCAGCUCGCCGGCGUUUAUGCUCUGUCUGAAAUGGCGGAUGCCAUCGAGCGAGAGGACGUUUAUGCAAAGAUCUUCGAAAUCAACGAGCCGUGCUGGCAGGCCGUCACCGACGUUCUGAAAGGCGUAUCGUGAGGAAAAAUCCCCCCUCCCUAUACCAAAAGGGGAUACUUCUGAAAAUUUUUUGUGGUGCUGAUUUGCGGCCACAAAUCGUCUCUGUAUUGCAAGAAGGCAAAUCCAGAGACUCCGCCGCAUUUUGCAGGCGGUCUGUGAUGCUGCUAGACCUACAAGGGAGCUGAUCUCUGUCAUGCUAAGUUCCUACGUCAGAACAUCCCAGCCCAGGCUUCGUAUCUGCCUGCAUUCCUCUAGGGUAGUGCAAGGCGCCGCUGAUUUGUGUAGACAAAUCCCGCAUCACAGAUUUCGACUUUGAUAUGGGGAGGGAGGAUUUUCCAUUUUGAUAAGACGCAAACCUUCCCGAUGGCGCCACCGUUCUCGACCUGGGCGCGGGUCCCGCCGAGUAUGAAGUGUAAAAAUGUCUGGGUCUGGAAGAAUGCAACUUGUGAUGCUGCAUUUGGAUUCCAAAAAAAUCUGUAUUGCACGAGUACCAAAGGGAAUGCGAUUUUUGCUCCGCUGAGAAGGCAUUUGUCAUGCGGAAUAGGCAUCAGGAAGCCCUGAGAAAAUCUGUAUUGCUAGGGUAUGCAUCACAGACAUCAUGGGUCAUGCACACGUGCAUGACAAGUGUCAGAAUCUUCCAGACCCAGACAUUUUUACAUUUGAUACCGAGCCUACCGCCACAAUUCUGUCCCAGCUGCCGCACUUGAGGGUCACCUGCACGGACUCGCAGGCGGGAAUGGUUGAGAAAGGCAAGCUGCGCUGCGAGAAGAAGCUGGGCGCGGAACUUUCCGCCCGCCAGAUCGAUUUCGGGGUGGUUUCGGCGGAAGAUUUGUCGGGGUAUGCAGACAAUUGUUUCGAUUGUGUCAUCGGCACGUAUUUGCUCAUGUUUGUUGACUGCCCGCAGACCCUCGCCGAGGUCCACCGCGUCCUGAAGCCCGGCGGCUUCGCUGUGUUUUCCAUUUGGCUGCAGAUGCCGUUUUUCUACGUGAACCAAAAGAUCAUCGACGACAUCUGGGCGGAGUUUCGUGCCAGGCAGACUGCCGACGACCCGAGUGUGGCGGUUCGAUGUCCCCCGAAGAUUGUAGUGCAGCCGAUGUCCCUCUCUCCCACCCAGUACAACACGAAGGGCUGCGUCGCCCAGAUGGCGCGCGCCGCGGGCUUUGGUCGUCGUACAACUACUGAUCCUGGUGAAGUAGAUACAACCAGCAUCAAAAUCGAAGACCUUGGGUACGAUUGGCACAUGAACCUCGACCUGGACGGAUUGGUUCGGGUCUCCAGGACUUUGCUGACGAACAGGAUUGUGCCGACGAUGGCCGAAGACUUGGGGCGAGAACCAGACGAGAUCCACGCGGAACAUGCCAAGAGGCUGCGAAAGGAGAUUGAGGACCAGCACCCGGACUGGAACCGAGGGGCCGAGUGGGUCUGGGGGCGGGGCGAGGCGAGAAUAUACACGCUCAAGAAAUUAUAAGCGUCGUGGCGAGAAAAGUUGAAGCAGGGCUGCAGGUGGCCAGCAAGUAGGACCGGAUGCAUGCAAAAUCUUCAAUGAGUGGUUUCAUGAAUUUCAAUUUGCUAGUUUCGUUUUUGCAAAGAACAACCAGAAAGAACUCUGAUUUUUUUCGGUUGCAACAU